AUGGAUAUAGAUAUAAAUCAAUGUGAACCAAUUAAUUAUUGUUCGAAUAUUGAUGAUUAUCGUCCAAUACAAUCAACAUUAUUAACACGUUUUGCAAUAGCAACAGAUUCUUCUGAAUUAUGGCGAACGACAAAUCAAGAUUAUGGAGCAUUUUAUUAUCGAAAAAUACCUGAAUAUUGUAUACCUGAUAAUUUAAAAGCUAAAAUACAUCGACGUCAUAAUCGUUUUCAAGAUUGGAUUUCUUGUCAAAAUGUAGUAUCAUCAUUAAAAACAAAUCCUUCUUCUUCUAAUAAUAAUCAAAUCAUUUUCCCAUCAAAUACAAAUCAAACUGUACGUAUAACACAUCGAAAAAAAUUUGUACCCAAAUAUAAUGAUGAUGAUGAUAAUAAUCAAAAUACUUUUUCACCAUGUGGUGAAGAUGGAUUAAUUACAGAAUAUAUUGUAAAAAAAAUACUUCAUAAAUUACAAUCUUUAAUCAAUCCCGGUGAAUAUUCUGAUGUUGUUGAAUGUGCACAAAUACUUGUUAGUGAAAUUCUAUGUCAAGAACCAUCAUUAUGUGCAAAUGAAAUAAUCGAUCGUGUUGUUACAAUUAUGAUUACUCCUCCGAAUCCAUGUACUUCGUCAUUACCAUUCAAUGAUAAUUGUCAGAUUAUAGAAAAACUUCCUUUAUCGACAACUAUAAGUGUUUCAGAACCAUCCAUUAAUUGUAAUCAAUCAAUAUCUUUAUCAAAUGUUUUCAAAAAACUAACUAAUCUUGAAGAUGCGAUAUCAAAAAUUUCCAAUAAUUGCAUUCAAGGAUAA